AUGACUCCGGUUUUCAUCGCAAUUUUCUUGCUCGGCCUUUCAUCUCUGGCAACCGCUGCAAACUUUAACACUGUCUACGAGUGGCCCAAAGGAUUGGACUACGAGUUGCCCUCCGAGGCGAACAGGACGCAGGCCUUGAGAGAUGACACUUUGAAGGCUUCAGACAGUGAUCUAUACUUCGAGGACUCACCAGUUACGCAAACUACUCCAACCACAACUACUUUUUCCCAAAAGCCCAAGCCAACUCCUUUGCAAGUGGCCAGAAGCAUGACUCCGUUUUGCAUCGCAAUUUUCUUGCUCUGCCAUUCAUCGCUGGCCACCGCAGCCAACUUCACUCAAGUCUACGAAUGGCCCAAUAAUUGGGACCUCGACUGGCCGUCCGAGGCGAAAUGGGCAAUAAUGGACGGAAGUUACUAUCGAUUUAUCACGGAGCCUCUAUUCAUGGCUGUCUACGGAUCAAGAAUCUUCUUCAUGCUUGUGCCAAAUGAAGCCAUUCCCGUGGGUCUGGUGUCUUUGCCGACGAGCAGCGCGUCCGCUGCACCUCCAAAGAUCACCCCAUUUCCUUCGUGGGACGUGCAUGAAUAUGAAAUCUGCAACCACAUUGAAAGUCCAAAAGGGCUGGAAGUGGACUCCGUUGGACAGCUGUGGGUGCUGGACGUCGGUAGCAAGAAAUGCAAUUCAAAAAUAUGGACCAUUGACUUGAACAACAACGAUUGCGCCGAAAUAAUUCAUCAGUUUUCUUUUUACGGCGAGUUGCACGAGUUGGUGCUUGACGAAACGCCAAACGAAACCUUUGCCUACAUCUCGCGGCAGUAUGAACAAAACAUUGUCGUGUUUAGUUUGGAAAGAAAUGAAUCUUGGACAGUGGUCACGCCAGGAAUUGAUGUUUUAUCUCUUGCCCUGUCCCCUAAGGAUCAGGAACCGAGGCAGCUCUAUCUUGGCCAAUGGAACUCCACUGAACUGUAUUCAAUUCCUGUUGACGUACUUCGCAGUGGAACUCGAACUGCAAAUCCAAAAUUAAUCGGAAAUUGGUCUGCAAGACCAUACAGAAUGCUGAUAGACGAGCACGGGACCAUGUACACCGCCUUUUUGAAGAAAAACUUCAUACAUUCUUGGAACAGCUCCCAGCCAUUUCUUGAGCAGCAAUUUUUUGAAGUCGACGGACUGGAUACUUAUUAUCCGUUUACUAUUGCCUUGGACCAAAAUGGCACUCUUUGGAUGACAGUGUUUGAUUACGAAAGAAAGCCAAGAUACAGGCUUUUCAAGGCUGCGGUCGGAGAACCAUCCUUCGAGGACUCGUAA